GUGAAAGUCCCCUAUCUCAACCCAGCGCCUCAGUCUCGGCGAGCUGCGCCACAGACUGGAAGUGACGUGGCAGGAACGUCCCCCCUUCUCUCUCUCUCCCCACUCCAUGGUUCCGUGUGUACGGGGAUGGACUGGGCAGUAGAGAGGUAGCGGAGGAGAGAGGUGAUUACUGAGCUCUCUCCUGCAUGCAUGGCUAUUAUUAUGUAUUGUUUAUUACUGUACACAUUGAUACCUAUAUAGGACAAUGCUGCAAAUAACAGGGACCAUUAUAAAUGAUGCACCUACAAAGCAGUGCCUGAUUUAAUCUAUAUUUAUAGAAUGUCUUUCACUUGUUUAUAUCAUUUUACUCUAAUGUUUAGCAAAAAGCAGGUAGUUUCAUGUUUUAGCUGAAUAUGGUUUAAGGUGUGUGAUUAUUUGAUUUGCAGGCAGUUGCUUGUUCCUAAUUAAUUAUGUUGUUUCUGUAAUAUUUUAAUAGUAUAAGCUUAAAUAUGAUACUGGCAAAAGCACACACACACACACACCCCCUGCUAUUGCUAGAUAGAGGUGUUAAAGCGGCACUGUCACCUCCCUCAAAGAUAGAAUCUUUAUGAAAUACUAAUCCUGACUUUGUUGGAUUUUUACUGAAAUUCCAACCCAGUCAAAAGAUAUACCGAGUCAAAAAAAGGGACAACUGUGCCUCAGUAUAUUUCCUACACCUGACUGGGUUGAGCUAACGCCAUCUAGACGGCUGCAGGGAAUUGGUUUCAUCUUUGGAGAGUCUUGCAGGAUCCUCCAUAGACCUAUGUGAGAGAGUAAAUGAGUGAUGUCAGCUCUUGGAGCUGAAUUGCCAAGAGCUGUAGAGGAUCCACUGGAUGAAGAUGAUGAUGGCGCCUGCAAGGGACAGGUUCAGAUAAGUAGAACUCACCUUUGUCUGCCCUCCCCAGGCACCGGACCCCCAGCAGCAAUGUCCCUUUCAGGGGUCUUUACAAAGCCUGCAAAGUUUGCAGACAUUGCCUCUUUAAAUUGAAUGACAUGACUGGUGCGCUGAAGCCUAGAAAGUUGGAGUUUAAUUACAUGAUCCUAGCAAAUAGACUGCGGCAUUACUUACCUCCACCGAGCCACACAGACAUCCUGCCGUCCAGUCCGACCUCUCCGCGCGGCACAUUGAGGGAGACUCACGUCCCUCGAACCUUGCAGCCCUCCUCCUGCCACGCAGUCUGGACUCACAUGUCCCAAUUCAAAAAAGUGCCUAUGUCAAGAGAAAUCUGCACUUUUAUGAAUUGAUUUAUGAAGACCCUCCAGCUGUCAAACUGCAGCCAGGAAGGCUUGAUUCAGUCCAAUUGAGCACUGUUGAAAACUUCCAUAUGGAUGCGUUAUUAUUGGCAUUUAUGGAACACCAACUUAUUGGCAAUAUUAUAAAGGGGUAAAUUAAACAAUUACAAAUAGGUACAGGAACAAUAAGUUGAUGACAACAAGCUUAGAAUCUAAUGUUUUACUUCCCUGUAUUUUAUUAGCGCAAUUAGAUUUUCAUCCAAAAAGGAAGGGAGAUCAUGCUCACUGACAGUCUCCUGAGUGCAGAGAGGACUCGCCACUGAAUUAAACAUAACUAAACUCUAUGUUUGGAGGGGCCACAUCUGACAUGUAGAGGGGUAAAAAAGCAUCCCAAAGAGUGUCACUUCUCAAGAUUUUCAAAAUUACUACCCUGCACCAACUCUGACAGUGACAUAUUACAAGGGUGGAUACCAAUCUAUGAUUUUUUUUUUAAAAAAAAGAGAGAGAAAAUCAGAUUUUAAUUUUUUUAAAUUAAAUUGGAUAUCUUUUAAUAAAAUGCUUUUGGAAGAAAAUCUAUCUAAAAUUGUUUCUAUUUAAGAUGCAUUAUAGUCCAAAGGUUAUUCAUCAUGGAAUUUGGAUUAGUUCUGUAGCAUGAAAAUUUCCCAAACAUAGACAAACGCACCAGAGCAGGGAAUCCCUCUAAUCUGUGUUUGUGGAAAAUUCCCUUAACAAAGACCAGCUCUCUAACGUGGGUAAUCUCUCGAAUCCCUGCGCUACAGAGCUGGUCGUAAGUCGUAAAGUGAGGACUACCUGUAUUACAAAGUCAGUUCUACUUUAACUGUUGAACUAAUCUGAAAAGUUAAUAUUCGAAAUUUAUCUUUAAAUAGUUGCAAAAUUUUAAGAUCAUAAUUACCAGCAAAAAUUUGUCUUUAUGUUUAACCCCUUCAGGACCGAGGACGGUUCAGGACUGUCAUCGGCGUUUUUCCAUUGCCGACCGGUGACGGUCCUAACGGUCCAAUGUACUUACCCGAUCGGCGAUCGAUGUUGCUCCCGUUGUGGGGAGACUGCCUGCAGCCCAGACAGUCUCCCCAUGGUGGAUUAGGACCCCUGUGGCCAUGUGAUCGUUCAACAGAGCGAUCACAUGGUCACAACAGGUGUCCAUGUGUCUGCCUGCAGGGGGACUGUCUGUGCUGACAGGCAGUCUCCCUGCUAGUGUAAAAUCUUAAAAAAAAUAACUGUUAAUGUUAAUAAAAAACUAAUGAUAUAUGUGUAUAUAAAUAUGAUAUAUAGACAUAUAUUAUAUAUACAUAUAUAAUAUAUGUCUAUAUAUCAUAUAUAUAAUGUCAUACUAAGUGUAUUUUUAUAAUAAUAUAAAAAUACACUUAUAAUUAAAUUACACAAGUAUAUAUAUAAUAUAUAAUAUAUAACUAUAUAUUGUAUAUAAAUAUUAUUAUAAAAUACAAAUAAUAAGUAAUUUAAAUUAAAUAAAAACAUGUAAAAUAAUAAUAAAAAUUAAAAAAAUAUAUCUAUAUGAAAUUUUAUUCUAACUGUAUUUUGAUAGUAAUAUAUAUAUAUUUAUUUCAAAUACACUUAGAAUGAAAUUGUAUAUAUAUCUAUGUAUAUAUAAAUAAAUAAAAAUAAUACGAAAUAUACAUAUGUCCAUAUACAAAAUUACAUAAAUAAUUAUAUAAAUAUACAAAUAGACUUCAAAUAUAUAAAUAUGCAUAUAAAUUUAAAUUCUACGUGCGUAUUUAUGUAAUAUUUUAUUGAUUGCAAUUUGAGGGACCUGCCUGCCAACCCAAGCCGAAAGUCCAGAGAAUUUAAUUUGCUAGCACUAGUGAUGUGCCGAACUGUUCGCCACGGUUCGCCGCGGACUCCAGUCAGCUGAUACAUUCCAGCCAAUCAGCAGCAGACCCUCCCACCUCCUGGACAGCUCACUAAGAAUGCAGCUUCAAAAUAGAUGCUGUCCAGGAGGUGGGAGGGUCUGGGAGGGAGGGUCUACUGCUGAUUGGCUGGAAUGUGUCAGCUGACUGGAGUCCGUGGCGAACAGUUCGGGACAUCACUAGCUAGCACUAUAUUUUACCCUGUAACUUUCUAUGACACCCUCCAACCUGUACAUGGGGGGUACUGUUUUACUCGGAGACUUUGCUGAACACAAAUAUUUGUGAUUCAAAACAGUAAAACAUAUCACAGCGAUGAUAUUGUCAGUGGAAGUGACUUUUUUUGCAUUUUUCACACACAAACAGCACUUUUACUGAUGAUAUAAUUGUUGUGAUACGUUUUCCUGUUUUGAAACACUAAUAUUUGUGUUCAGCAAAGUCUCCCGAGUAUAACGGUACCCCCCAUGUACAGGUUUUAUAGCGUUUUUGAAAGUUACAGGGUGAAAUAUAUGGGUCAAAUAUUUUUACAUUGAAAAAGGCCAGGUUGGUUACGUUGCCUUUGAGAGCGUAUGGUAGCCCAGGAAUGAGAAUUACCCCCAUGAUGGCAUACCAUUUGCAAAAGAAGACAACCCAAAGUAUUGCAAAUGGGGUAUGUCCAGUCUUUUUUAGUAGCCACUUAGUCACACUGGCCAAAAUUAGCGUUCAAUUUAGAUUUUUACUUUUUUCACACACAAACAAAUAUGAAUGCUAACUUUGGCCAGUGUUUUCGACUAAGUGGCUACUAGAAAAGACUGGACAUACCCCAUAUUGAAUACCCUGGGUUGUCUACUUUAAAAAAAAAAAUAUGUACAUGUGGGGUCUUAUUCAGAGAUUUAUGACAGAUAAUAGUGUUACAAUGUCACUAUUGAUAAAUUUUAAAAAUGUAUGUUUUGAAACCGCAAUAUCCUACUUGUUCCUAUAGCGCUAUAACUUGCAAAAAAAAGCAUGUAAACACUGGGUAUUUUUAAACUCAGGACAAAAUUUUGAAUCUAUUUAGAAAUUUCUUUUCAUUCGCUUUUGUAGAUGAGUAAAAGAUUUUUCAAGUAAAAGUCAAAAAACAUGUAUUAUUUUCAAUUUUUCAUCAUAUUUUUUUAUUUUUUUAAAAAUAAAUUACAUGAGAUUAUAUAAAUAAUGGUAUGUAAAGAAAACCCCUUUUGUCCUGAAAAAAAAAUAUAUAAUUUGCAUGGGAACAGUAAAUGAGAGAGCGGAAAAUUACAGCUAAACACAAACACUGCAAAAGUGUAAAAAGAGGCCUGGUCGCAAAUGUACAUCGCAAAAACAGUCCAGUCCUUAAAGGGUUAAAAAUCACAAUUUAAAUAUAGACUAGUGAUUUAAAUUGACUACAGCUGUAAACCAGCUGGGUCCAUAAUUUAUGAGCUGCCUACACUAAUUUUGGCCUUAUUGUAGCAGAACUCCUAUUCCCUGGCUGGGUAUCCGCUGGAAUAUCCCUCGAGCUAAAAGAAAGUGCUGUUCAGUGUUAUAGCCCUUAAUCCCUCCACACUACUUUAGAAGACGUGAUGUUGGGACAAUGACAAAGUUUAAUGGAACAAGGUGGUCUUUUAUAUACAGACCCCCUACAGGGGGUCUACAUUGUUCACAUAGGUAGUCACUCUCUGGCAUCUCUGUGUCUGGGAGAUAAAGUCACCUCUCGCUAAAUAAAUUAUCUCCUGGAUAUAAAACGUCUAACAUGAAAAAAAACGUAAGCAUUAAUAAAACAACCCUGAAGCAAUAUACUAUUGGAAAGGUCUCAUCUGAGCGCCCAUUCUGGCAAAAGAGCGCUCAGAUCCUCGAGAAAUUUGGGAAAUACAGCCAAGUUAAAGUUCUGAUCGGCCAUUCGCUGAACCCUGGACAAAAUCAGUUGCAGAGAAAACAGCUAGGUCCAGCUGAAGUACUAAUGGCUUAUUCCGGCUCCCUGGAAUCGCUAGAAGGUAGGAAAAGCCAGGGUGAGUGAUAUAGACUUUAGAGAAAUAUUUAGACAUACAAUGUAGGUCCUGCCACACAUAUUGUAGAACUAGGAGUAAGCACUUAGAAGAUGAUGCACAGUCUCUAGAAACUAGAGAAAGCGCAGAGGCAAGCUACAAAAUUAAUAAGGGGGGUGAAAACAUUAUAACAUUAUGAAGGAGUGGUAGAAAAUGCAUUUUAGAAAUAAGGCAUCUCAAAGGGCAUAUGAUAGCACCACAAAUAACAAAUGUAUACAGGGCCAGUACAAACUACUAUAUGCUAAACUGUUCAUUAGCAAGAAUAUACUACAGACAAGAGGUCAUCCAUUGAGACUGGAAGAAAUGUGUUUCGCUUACAGCAGAGGAAAGGAUUCUUUACAGUAAGAGCCAUAAAAAUGAGGAAUUCACUUAUUAAAGAGGUUGUUGUAUCAGAUUCUAUAGAACUUGGGUGCUUUCUUUGCAAAAACUGAACAUUCAAGAAUUUAAUUGAUAUAUAUGUACAUAGGUUGUGACCCAAGGAGAUAUCGAAUUGCCAUUAUGAAGUCAAGAAGGAGUUUUUUUCCCUUUUUGUGGCAUAGUUGAAAAUAGGUACAUUUGAUUUUUUUUUUGCCUUCUUAUGGAUCAACAACAUAAAAGAAUGGUUUUCAAGGUUGAACUUCUUGGACUUUAGUCUUUUUUAACCUAGAUUACUAUGUAACUAUGAUCGCGGCACACAGUAAAUUUAUAGAAGCUACUGUAUGGCUGCUAUUCACUUUAUAGAGCUUUUCCACUCAUCUGGGGAGUAAUGAAAUUAUUUAUGGGGAUAAACUACUUAUCCUGUAUUUCACUGGAAUAUCCCUUGAGCUAAAAGAAAGCGCUCUUCAAUGUUAUAGCCCUUAAUCCCGCCACACUACUUUAGAAGACGUGAUGUUGAGACAAUGACAAAGUUUAAUGGGACAAGGUGGUGUUUUAUAUACAAACCCCCUACAGGGGGUCUCCAUUGUUCACAUAGGUAGUCACUCUCUGGCAUCUCUGUGUCUGGGAGAUAAAGAAAAUGGUUUUCCCUUUUCGCACACUUGUGUGCUAUUUGCUAGAGGUAAUUAAGGGAGGGACUGAUUGAUUUAGCCGGUUUGGUUUUCUGUUUAACCUUUUAUACUGCAAGAGCAGAAACUUACAUAGUUUGCUCAAUGUGACUCCUCUCUGCUGGAACUAAUGGGGUUUUAGAAUUGUGAUUUGUAUUUAAUCUAAAACAACAAAAAGGCAAGUACUGAAAACAAUUUAAAAAUACGCAUUAUUUUUAUUUUCAAUCAUUUGUGUUCGCAUGUAGUGGAGGUGAUUAAGGGGAGGGGUUGAUUAAAGAAUAAAUAAAUAAUAGUUCAUCUCUGUGGUUUUCCCUGCUUCAGUCAGUACACAGACGCAAUGAAGACCAUAGAGACUAACUGUAGUUUUCAAACAUUGUCUGACCCAAGGUGUAUGUAAAUGGCUGAAAGAUCCUGACAUACACCUGAAAUUUUCUUUUUUUUUUUUUUUUUUUUUUACAAAUACUUAAUUUAAAAAAUAUAUGUCCUUUUUAAAACUUGAUGAAAUUAUACUUAUAUUCAAAAAUAGUUUUGAGGUGAAAGUUGUCGUUUAAGUUGAAUCUCUAACGUUAGAAAUACAAACAUGUAUUUCUAACAUUACAGUUUCUUCCUAGAGUUUUAGAUAUAGCCUACUCCAUUAAAAGUUAAAAUAAAGAUGCUUCACUUACCUUUCAUUAGUUGCUUUUCAUCCCCCUUUGCACCCCUGACUGAGAUCAUCAUCCUCCGUAGGAAAGCAUUCAGGGGCACACUGCAGCUUCUCCACGUAGAGAUGCACUAUACUAAAGCAUUUGGUGUCUUCAUACUGAGUGUGAAGAGACUCUACAUUGGUCCUGCAAAUUUUGCAGGACCAUAAUGGGAACCAUUCUAGUGACUUAGUAACUCUCUGUCUGUCAGGUAGAAGUAUAUAUCAAGGUAUUCCAGUGGAUGUGAUUUAUUUGGGUUUUGUCAAGGCAUUUUAUAUGAUUCCUCGGAAAAGGUUAAGGGUGGUAAGUGGACUCCUUCAAGGGUCUGUCCUGGUUCCACUUCUCUUCAACGUAUUAAUGAUCUUGCAGUAAGCAAGUCAGUGUUCGCAUAUGACACAAAACUUGGUAAGGUAAUAACGUUCAAGCAGACAUUCAUUUGGUGCAUAGGGAUAAGAACAAACUAGGGGUCUUGGCAGCCAAAUAGCAGAUAAUGUAUAUAAAUGCAACCCUGGCGUUUUGUGAGGAAUGCACAAGCAACUUGUACCCUAAAAGGUGCUGAUUUGAGGAAAUCAACAAGUGAUACAGACUUGCGAAUAGCUGUAUAAAACAGACCAGGCAACAAUGUGCAAUGUCGCAUAGCAGUUGCUUAGGCCGGUAUGGGAUAGCCAUUUAUAAAAAUAAAAGUACUAAGACACAGGACAAAAACCAUAAUCUCACAUGUUUAUAAAAUAAUAAAUCAUAUUCACCUUGAAUGCAUUGUUUUGGGGCAUUUUAAAGCAGGGUGUUAUGGAACUAGAAAGUGUGCAGAUGAAUUAAAAAAUAAGUAAGAGGAAUGGAAGAGUUGAAGAAAGUUUGGAAAAUCUGAACUUGUUAACUAAAAAAAUAACAUUGCACAAAUAUAUAUAUAUAUAUAUAUAUAUAUAUAUAUAGGGCAAGUACAAAAAGCUAUCUGCUAACAUUUUUAUAAAUAGGCCUGUUCAAAGGGCACAGUGUUACCUAUUUCUAUAUGAAGAAAGGAGAUUUCACUUACAGCAAAGGAAAGGAUUCUUGACAAUUUAAACUGUAAAAUAGUGGAAUUCUCUUCCCAAAAUAGUGAAAUAUUCCACCCAAAUCUGAUUCAGUGCAGAUUUGUAAAAAGUAUCUGGAUGCUUCAUUGUACUAGGUGUUGUGAACUAUAAGGCCAGGAUGUGGCGCUGCAUCUGUGAUGUACACUAUAAGGAAAGGAUAUGGCGCUGCACUGUGUGAUGUACACUAAAAGGGCAGGAUAUGGCGCUGCACUGUGUGAUGUACACUAUAAGAGCAGGAUGUGGUGGUGCACUGUGUGAUGUACACUAUAAGGGCAGGAUGUGGCGCUGCACUGUGUGAUGCACACUGUAAGGCCAGGAUGUUGCACUGCAUCUGUGAUGUACACUAUAAGGGAAGGAUGUGGCGGUGCACUGUGUGAUGUACACUAUAAGGCCAGGAUAUGGCGGUGCACUGUGUGAUGUACACUAUAAGGCCAGGAUGUGGCGGUGCACUGUGUGAUGUACACUAUAAGGCCAGGAUAUGGCGGUGCACUGUGUGAUGUACACUAUAAGGCCAGGAUGUGGCGGUGCACUGUGUGAUGUACACUAUAAGGCCAAGAUGUGGCACUGCAUCUGUGAUGUACACUAUAAGGGCAGGAUGUGGUGGUGCACUGUGUGAUGUACACUAUAAGGCCAGGAUGUGGCGCUGCACUGUUUGAUGUAUACUAUAAGGUCAGGAUGUGGCGCUCAUUGUGUGAUGUACACUAUAAUGCCAGGAUGUAACGCUGCACUGUGUGAUGUACACUAUAAGGGUAGGAUAUGGCGGUCACUGUGUGAUGUACACUACAAGGGCAGGAUGUGGCGGUGCACUGUGUGAUGUACACUAUUAAGGGCAGGAUGUGGCGCUCACUGUGUGAUGUACACUAUAAGGGCAGAAUGUGACGCUGCACUGUGUGAUGUACACUAUAAGGGCAGAAUUUGACGCUGCACUGUGUAAUGUACACUAUAAGACCGGGAUGUGGUGGUGCACUGUGUGGUGUACACUAUAAGGGCAGAAUGUGACGCUGUACUGUGUAAUGUACACAAUAAGGACAACAUGGGGAUUCUUACGGUAUAAACCCAGGAUUUAAUAUUGCACAGUGUAUUGUACAGUGUAAGUCUGAAAUCUCAUACUGAACAGUGCACAUUAUGACACCAGAACCUAAUGACGCAUUAGUGGUUUUGUUUGAUAAAAACUUUUCUGCAAUUGCACCUUUAUUUAUACUGUAAGGAAAUGCUCUGUCCACAUAUCAUUAUCUACAUUGCACAAUGUACACAAAGCACAGUAUAGCGCUAUUUCCUUAUCGUGCUUGUUUAUUGUAUACUAUAAAAUAUAAGAAAGCGUAUAUUUUAAAUUUGCAUGCUAUUUUUUACAGCACUUUUUUUACUGACACUAUUUACGUAAUUGUGAUUUUUGUGCCACAUUGUAUUCUCUGAUGCAAUAUAUAUAUAUAUAUAUUUUUUUUUAAAUAGUUCUUUAUUGACAGAAAGCAUAUGAGUAAAAGGUAUACAUGUUAGGACUGAAGAUUUGGCAAUAUGCAUUAUACAGAUGGUACAUUUGCAAAUAGUGAUUACUCCUACAGGUUAACACUAGAGAUAUCGCGAACCGUCCGUGAACUUCUCGUGAACGGUUCGCCACGAGCUGUUCGCGGCAAACUCCGGUCAGCUGACACGUCCUGGCCAAUCUCCAGCAGACCCUCCCUCCCAGACCCUCCUACUUCCUGGACAGCAUCCGGUUCGCGACAUCUCUAGUUAACACCUGUUGACAUCUGCGUUGUACCGGACCAUUAUAAUUAGUAACUUUCCUGUUUGACAGUUUGCCAUACCCACUCGUCAUCUGUGAGGUAGCCUAUGGCGAACUAUGGUUUUUUGUUUUUUUCUAUUAAUUAUAACAUUUUCACACAUUAACUAUGCAUAUCACAAGUCGUUAUGCUUUAGAAAGCACUUCGCUCAGUGUUCAGUAUUAAAGAAAUGGAGUAAUUGAAGUGGAAAAGAAGUGGGGUAUUUGUAGAGGGAGUAGGCCUCCCCAGGCAGGGAUACUUGUCUGGCUUUUGCCUUCAGGGUUCAAGCUACCCAUUGGAUAUCCCCAAGGGGAGUACUGUGCUUUUCCCCCAGUCCUCGGUCACAUACCGUUGCCUGAGGCAUGAGCGAGAUAUUUAGGCAUAACCCCUGCUCCACCUCCGGAGAGAGUCAAGUCAUUGCGUCUGCUAAUUGGUGUAAGUGUUUUAUCUGGUUUUACCUGUUGAGGGUGUACAUGGGGGAGGGGGCAAUGGGGUUGGGUUUUGGAUCGGCCACUUGCGCCAUCAUCUGUGUCUGACUGCCCUGGGUAUGGGAGCAUUGUAAUAAGUCUCCCCUUGGAGAUCUCUCACAUGGGGCAGAUGUCGGUUUCGGCUUGGCCGUUUUUUUAAGAAUAUACAGGGCUCCCAUGUGUAUGAGUAUAUUUGGUGGUUCUUGGAAAGGGAGAAGCAAAUCUCUUCCAUUAUCCUAAUACCCUCUACUUUUUGUAUCCAUUCCCUGAUAGAUGGAGAGUUAGCUUUUUUCCAGUGUGUUGGAAUGAGUUGGGACGCUGCAGUGAACAGAUGCCUGAGGAGCAUGGUAACAAAUUUUGGUAGCGGUGUGGGGAGUAUGUGGAAUAUGAAGGCUUCGGGUGUCAACUGUUAGUGCACCCCCGUGAUGUUUUGGAUAAGUCUGGACAUACUGGUCCCGAAUUUUUUGAUUUCUGGGCAGGACCACCAAAUGUGCGCUGAGUUCCCCUCAACCUGUAGGCAUCUUUAACAUAGGCCAGACAUGUUUGUGUAUAAUCGUUUAAGUUUGGCAGGGGUAUAGUGUCAUCUGAUUAUCCUCUUGUAAUUGCUUUCUUGUGUUGCUGAAUUAGUUGAGGAUUUGUGGAUCGACAAGAAAAUCUGUUGCCAAUUUGCGUCCGAGAAUGUGAGGUUUAGUCCCUGUAACGGAGCUCCAGUACUCCGACCGAGUACCUCCGUCAAGUCUGCUUCCUUGUAGCUAUCAGGGACCCUGAAACACUUCACACCCAGACGCAGAGGCUUGACUGGGAUCAUUUAGGGCCUUUUCCACCCUGGACCAAACACCAUGACACAUGUUGAAGGUUAAACAGCAACUCCUUUAAUGAAUACAGCACACAUAGUUUAAGCCCCCAACAGCCUCAGUUACAUACAAUAGGUUACAUAGAUUACUAUAGUACAAGGAAGGGUGGAGUUAGACAAUAGCAAGGGCUGAUGGGAGAUUGAGGAGGGACAGAGCAGCUAGAUUAAACUGGUCUGGCAGUGUCCCUGGGACAACGCCCUGCUGGGGAAACAAUAGGACAGGAAAAAGGGGGGAGGGGGAGAUGCACAGACCAGCAAUACAUUCAGCAUACCCUUCACAAAUAAUAGGCACAAUGUGACAAAACACAAAAGGAAUUUGGGAGCCCACCCAUACUGUCUGUCUUCUAUCCCCAGUGAUGGUGACUACCGUCACAGUCCCUUUUCCCAGCUAGCUCUAAACAGGAGGGAAUGUUGUGGACAGAGUUGUUCGAAUCAUGUGAGUGUACGAUUGUCGUUGAGAGUAAACUUUCCCGUUUGUAGGAAGUGUAUUAUUUGUUGGUAUUGGAAAUUUUGUAGUGUCGUAUGUUCUCUAUCUGGUAGUAAGGAGUCUAGUGGUUUAAUUCCAUUGUCAUCUAGUAACACGAGUAAAGUUAGGUAAAGGGUGGAGUGGUAAUCCUUAUGUGGUCUCAUCUUCACCUGGUUUGAAGAGUGGGUUGUGUGAGAUUGGAAAGAGUGGGGAUGGAUAUGGAGAGAUAUCCGUAUGAUGCCUGAUGUGCGACCACAGUCUCAAUGUGGGAGUUAUGGUCGGUCGGGGGUUAUGGGUUAUGAAUGUGUGAGUAGUGCUUGCCCCGAUUUGUGCCACGGCACCGUGUAGAUGCAGACACUGAAGAACGCGUCUUCAAUGGCCACCCAUUGUUUGUAUGUGGCAACCUCUGUCCAGUCAUAUAUUCUGGCCAGUAGUACUGCAUCGUGGUAUGUCUCCACAUUAAGGAGUCCCAGUCCUUCAUCUGUCUUUGGUCUAGUCAGUAGUGAGUAUGCUAGUCUCCGGUGUCCGUGUGACCAAAUGAAUGCUGUAAAUAGUUUACGUAUGGUAGCGAAGAAUGUUUUCGGUAGGUUAAUAGAAAGGACUUGGAGUAAAUAUAAGAUUCUGGGUAGGACAUUCAUCUUUAGUAUGUUUAUCCUGCAGAACCAGCCAAAUUGCGGUGUGUGCCAUGUUGUGAGAUCUUUGGAUAUUGAUUGAAUGAAAAGCGGGAAGCUGCAGUCAUAAAGUUGGGAUAGUGUUGAGGGGACCAAAACCCCUAGAUAUUUGAGGGACCCCUUCGCCCAAGCGAACGCGAAGGCUGAUUGUUAUUGUAUUUUUACUAGGUCUGGUAUGUUUAAUGGCAGGAUCUUGCAUUUGCUUAAGUUUGCCUGGAAGUUCAAGACCUCGCUGUACAUGGACAUUUAACGCAUAUGUGGGGCAGGAAGUGGGCAGGGUCAGAAACUGUGAAUAGCAUGUCAUCUGCAAAGGGCGACACGUUAUGUUCCACCCGGUUAUGGUGGGGUCUCCCUGAGGUUGUAGAGCUUAUGAUAGAACUCAUGAAAUACCUCUGUUAUGUUCGUCAUUAAAUUUGACUUUACGCCUUUGGAAUUUACGAUAGAGGGUAUGAACAUAGUCAGUCUUUAUUUUUUUUAGCGCCUACGCUAAGAGGCAUCCGCAUUUACCUCCUUGUGCAUAGUACAGGCUCUUAGUGAGGAACAGCUUCCUCUUGAUUUGGGCUCCAUUAAGGAUAGCCCACUCCGAUCUCUUGUCUGUGAGCUUUAUGUAUGUAGAUAGGUCAAGAUCAGUUUUGUGACUGUCCACUAGUGACCGUAAGUUGGCUAAUAAGAAUUUUGUCUUUUCAUCCCUUUUACGUUUUUGGGCCGAUGCUAUUUGGAUAAGUUUGCCUCUAAUGAUGCUUUUGUGUGCUUCCCAGAUCAUAGGGUAAGUGGAAGUAGGAGUAGAGUUUUGUGUAAAGUACUGGUCUAAGGUUAGCUUAAUUUGUGUUAGGAGGUCUUUGUCAUUAAUUUCCAUUGGCCCUCGAAGGGUGGAGCGAUGGGAUCCGGACGGUAAGAGACAAGGGUGUGUAAUCUGACCAUGUGGUCGGGCCGUAUGUGCAAUGGGAUAUUAGGUUGAGGAAGCGGUGUGGUAGGAAGAACAUAGGAGCCUGUUGGGUGGGAGUAGAAUGAAAAGUCUCUUGCUGUUGGAUGUAGUGUCCGUCAACAAUUAAAGAGUUGAGCAGUGUCGAGGAGAGUGUUUAUUUGUUUGUGUGUGGGAAUCUGAUACGCAUGUGAGGCAGAUUUGGAGUCUAGUGAGCUGUCCAGAGAUAUGUUGAAAUCCUAUAAGCAGGAGGCCUUCCGUAAAUUGUUCUAGGGUGUUUAGAAUUUUACUCAGUGAGCAUCCUUGUUUUCUGUACGCGAGUUAUAUAUUCACUAAAGUCACCAGUGUGUUGCCAAUUAGCCCCUUCACAAAUAGGUACUUGCCAUUGUGGUCUAUAUUGUGGUCCUUGUAGGUAAUUGGUACAGUGGCCCCAGAAAGAUCGCCACCCCCCUUGAUUUGGAUAUGGUGUAAUUACUAAAGUAUCCUAUGGGAUAGCGCAUAUAACGUAUGGUCGGUGCAGAUUCUUUGCGAAAAUGGGUCUCUUGGAGUAAGACCACCUCUGCAUUAAGGCGAUGUGCUUCUUGGAGUGCUAUUCUCUUUUCCUCUUUUCAGGAGUGUUUAGGCCCCUGGUAUUUAGCGAGACUACUGUUAUGGUUGCCAUGUGAGAGGUUAUACUGGGAUUUUGGGUGUGUGCUGCGAGUUUCACAAACCCGUGAAUCCCUUGGGUUUGUGGCUUGCGGAGAGAGAAGUGCAAAAACAAUAUGGUUUAAACAACAGCAAAUAAUAAGAAGAAGAACUAUAUACAGUACAAUAAUAUUGACGUGAAUGUUUUCAGCGAUAUAGUGUAGUUAUGUCUAAUGGUACUAGCACUGAUGUCGAUCCUUGAGAUUAACCUGAGUCUGCAGGGAACACUCUACACUGACACCGCUGUGAAAGUUAGAGGGUUCAGUGUGGCUUAGUUAUAUAAGCUUUGUCUAAUAAAGAGUCUUGAGGUUAGUGCGUAUUCAUUCGUGAGGGAUGGUUAUAGAAGUGGAGCCUUGUCGUCCACUGUAAGAAGCUGGUGGAUGUGUGAAGUUGAAUCAAUAGUGAAUGCUGGCGGGCCACCAGGAGUAAAUCUGUAUGAGUUGCAGAAAGAUUUUAGGAGGUAACAAAAUUUAAGUCUGUAUGCUCCCCGUCUGGGUUUGGGUGUUCUAGACUGCGUUUUGUGUGAAGGAAGGGUGAUCUGUAGACCACGGUACAGGGGUCCCCCCAAAUGGAGGCGUUGGUGGGAAGGUACAAAGUGUGAGGAUGAGAAUCCUGGGGUUGGCCAGGUGACCCGUACCCGACCGCUAGGGGCAGGGAUGUGUUACUCUCAGAAUCGCUGUAUCUUAGAGGGCCUAUCAGGGAUAGUGGUGAGACCUAUUAAGUGGUGAACAAGAGACAGAACCCUAAACAUCUCAGUAUUUCCUGCUGGUCUUGUUGUGAGGUGGUGAUUGGAGAUAGUUCCUUUCCAGUGUAUUGCCGGUGCUUGGAUUCCACCAAGGAUGAUUCAAGCCUGCUCCAGAAGGCUUGUAAUGGAAAGGUAUGGUGGAACCCCUGGGUCCCUUCAAUGUCCAGAGAACAGGUGUAUGAGUCCCGUGAGUGUUCGGGAGCAUUACUGCUGUAUGGUCAAUUUUUAGAGAAGUCUAUUGGUCCUGGGUCCAUCUCGUCUGGCUGAGUGUUGUGUGUUUUCUGCCAAAUACCGUCUCUUCUUGAAAGGUGUCCUCACCUUUUGGCGUUGUGGCAGUGGGAUAAUGUUCUGUGCCUGGUCGGAGGAGUACCAAUCCAUUAAUUGUGGUGGAUUCAGCCCCAGUGCUCUAAUAAAUGGGUGCACAUCCUGAUGCGUGGCAAUAAUGUGAGUGGCUCCUGGAUGUGCCACAAUGAGGGCAAAUGGGAAGCCCCAGUGGUAUUUGGCGUUUCGGGUUCGCAGUUGAUGACGGGUUUUAGGGAUCUCCUGGCGUGGAGGGUGUGCCACGAUAAGUCUGGAAAAAUCUGGAUCUCGUGCCCAUGGUAAAGUAGUGGUGGUGUUGUGUAUUGGGCGCUCGCAGGAUCUCGUCUUUUUCAUGAAAAUAAUGUAAUUUACAUAUUAUAUCUCUGUGGGAGUCUGCUGCGUUUUUAGGCUUGAGUUAGCUAUGUGCUCUGUCAAAUAAUAUCGGUGUGUCAACGGCCUUACCUAAUAUUAAGUUAAAUAACUCCUUUAGGAUACUGUGCAGGUCUUCCCCCCGGCCUCAGGCAGGCCUCGGAUCCAGAUAUUAUUUCUCCAUCCCUGAUUAUCCACAUCGUCCAAUGAUCUCUGUAAGUGUGCCAGGUGAGUUGCUUAUGAUUCUACCUUGGAAGUCAGCAUUUGUAUUUGUGAGUGGAUCAGAUCCCUAUCUUUUUCCAAGUCUUGGACCUGGUGACCCACGUGGUUGCAUUCCUUUCCUAGGCCUUUUAGCCUGGUCUGGAAGGUGGUCUCGAGCUUGCCGAGCAUUGCCACCAAAUCAGACCGGGAGGGGAUAUUUUUCAGGAUCUCUCUAAUGUCUGGGAAGGAGGGCCACCGGCGCCAUAUUGGAAUCUGUGUUCUCCGUUAUAAGUUCAGCAUACUCUUUGAACAACUUUGUUAGGGUGCCAGAUUUCCCUGAGGGAGCCUUCCCCAGUGUCUGGGAUCUUUUGGGGUUGUCAAUUCCUGUUUGUUACCUCUUUUAAAACAGAUGUAAUGCCCCCCGUCCCCCCCCCCCGAUGCAAUAUUAUACUAUAGAUUUCCUCCUUUAAACACUCCUGUUUUUUUCUCUUUGUUUCUUAUUAUAUGUUACUGUCAGCAUAUUCAGUCUUAUAAACCAGUAAAUGUGUUCAUGAAUUGACCUUUUACAAAGUGGAAUUCCCCACAUCAUCUUUUCUUUUCCUUCUCUCCCUGGCAGGUGUUCGUUAACUGAGCACUUUCCCUCUUUCUCAGCAACAUGAGGCUGAAGCUCAGAAAUAUCUUCCUGGUUUACUUUGUGGUCUCCAUUUUUGGUCUCCUGUAUGCUGUUCUGCAACUUGGUAUGUGAUCUAGGAUCAUGGUCUCUAAAUAGGGCUAGACAAUCAGGGCUCUGUAGGGAGGAUUAAAGGAAACACCAAAACAACUUUAGCUUAAUGAAGUGGUUUUGGUGUAUAGAUCAUGCCACAUACAGUCUCAUUGCUUAAUUUUCUUCUACUUAGGAGUUAAAUCGCUUUGUUUAUGUAGCCCUAGGAACACCUCACUGCAUAUGAAUUACAAUCUACAUACACAUUUUCUGAUCUAAUGUUUAAACUUCCUAUAUUGAAAAUUCUGUUUCAUUUAGAGUUUAUUUUCUCCUCCUCUGUUAAUAGCCUGCCGGAGCCUCGUGUGUGAUUUAAACUGCAAUUAACAGAGCAGGAGAUGACCACUUCUAAUGUAAACAAACAGCGCUGUCAGAUCUGAUUGAAAAUGAAACCAUUUCUUCAGGCAGUCUGUGUGAGUCACAGGCAGGGGAGGUAUUGCUAGUUCUGCACAAACAGAAACAAAGUAAUUUAAGUCCUAAACGGCAGAGAAUUGAGCAAUGAGACUGCAUGGGUAUAAUCUAUACACCAAAACUGUUUCAUGAAGCUAAAGUUGUUUUGGUGCUUAGAGUAUCCCUUUAAAAGAACACUGUGGUGUUAAGAAUAUAGAUAUUUGUAUUCCUAACUCUAUAUACUUCCAAGGUAAAAAAAACAGUAGUUAACUCCCUCCCUGCGCUGCUCUGCUUGAUGUAGCUGCCAUAGCUAAGCUUUGUAAGACUCUCUGAAACCAUCAGACUAAAAUAGCAGAGUUUUACCCUGUUAUUUUACAGAAGCUCCUCUUCUGGCUGUCAUAGUGACAGCCACUACAUGCAGGUUAACCCUGCAAAGAAAAUAUUGCUGUUCUUGCAGAACAGCAGUGUCUUCAGCUUUACAUUUAGAAGUGGGAGCACAUGGCACCCAGUCCACUUCAUUGAGAUGAAUUGGUCUGGGUGCCUAUAGUGUUCCUUUAACCCAGUGCUGUGCAUGUUCUAUCUUUGUGGCAGCUUGAGGACUUCAGAUUGAUGAACCCUCAGCUGAGUAUUGCAUUUUACAGCAACUGGAAGGUUGCAUGUUGCGAUACCCUUUUUUUACAGAAAGGCUAGGUGGAUGUGGAAUACGUAGCAUUGAGAAACAGAAGGGAUCAGAUGUGUCAUUAUGAAUUUGGGCUGGAGUGCAGAGGUCAGCCAGUGAGAUGGCUUUGUACGACUCUUAAAGGUUUUAAGGGGUGUAAUCAUAUUUAACCAAAUGUAUAUUUUUUUUUUGUGACAGGACAGCCAUGUAAUUGCUCACAAAUUUUGCGGGAAGGCAGGGGGCGGCAUAAUCCUGUGAGCCCCAAAGAACCUGGAAACCAAGGUGGAGUAGACCAACUGCCCAUUAUAUAUGUAGUGACACCAACCUAUGAACGGUUAGUAGUAUCAUUUAAUAAUCAAGUUUCAUAUCGUCUUGCUGUUGUAGUUUGCAGCAAAUUCUUCCCAUACGUGCUAAGUAUCACAUGUCUCGUCUAUGCAGAUAUGGUUCGUCAUACAUCCUUCAUCUUUCUUUUUGCUCCAACUAUAAUUACAUAUGUGUGUGUACUUAUUAUAUUGCUUGUUUUCUAAUGCAUUACCUUCCUCCCAAAACUGUUUGCCUUCAUUUAAUGACAUGUGCCAACACUUUUUUUCUACUCUUUACCCUCAUGUGUUGGUUUUAACUUUUGGCUUUUGACAAACUUGGUUAAAUGUUCCAGUAACAUGAGCCAAAACAAAUUUAACUUGACUGUUUACCUGCUCAAUAUAGUCAAGCUAGUUCUUUCGCAAAACACUCGCAUUCACCAAAAAUAGGCUUUCAUCAUUUAGAAGACCUCAUUCAGGUUGCAUGCGUGAAUGUCUCCAUCUGGGAGUAGGGAUCACCGUAUUGGCCAGAGAGCAGAGAAGAUGUAUUGACCUCAGGUAGACUGAGUUUGAAACCCCUGGUUUAAAUUAAAAACAAAAUAUAUGAUGCUGGUGAUAAAUAUUUCUCAUAUGUGAGCAGUACUAGGAUUUUUGGUCUGUCUGCCAUCGCACUACAGGGGUAGAUUCUUUAUGGCUAUCAAUAUUUCAAUAUUUUAAAAAAAACUUAACAUAACCACCAUGAAGUAGCUUCUAUAUAGUCCUUAUUAACCCUCCCUUCAUUUGAGAAACAAUAAACCUCUGUUGUACUACUGUGAAUUCUCUUCUUUUGUUUGCACUUUAGUUUUUUUAUGUUUCCUGUUACCACAUUUGUUCCCUUCAUUUUUUCUAUCUCCUGUCUCCUUUCUAGUCCCCACCAGAGAGCAGAACUUACCCGCUUGUCUCAAACAUUGCUUCUGGUACCUGCUCUGCACUGGAUCCUUGUAGAAGACUCUUUAAAACGCUCACCUUUAGUGGCAGAUUUGCUGGCUCAGAGUGGUUUACAUUACACUCACUUAAAUGUCCAGACUCCACCACCCAUGAAGCUUAAGGAAGGGGAGCCAAACUGGCUAAAGCCCCGGGGUGUGGAGCAGCGUAAUGAGGCUCUCCGUUGGCUAAGGGUGAACCAGUCACCCAUGGACCGAGGGGUUGUAUAUUUUGCUGAUGAUGACAAUACAUACAGUGUCAAUAUCUUCAAGGAGGUAAAAAAACAAAAACUUUGGUUUAUAUACUUUACACACAUGGUUUAUAUGAAUUCCCUUUGGAUAAUGUGAGGUUCACUGUUUAAAAAAAAAUUGUUGUCUUAUAUAUCACUCAUACUAUUUUAUAAUGAAAGUCACUGAUUAGAGAUCCUAAUGUUCAGAGCGUCCUGAUCAAAGCUGUCUAGAAUUGUUCAAUGAACAAAUGUAGAAGGAUACUCGCAAUCAGAAUUACUGAUCUGGUGCUCCACGAUCGGAACCCCAAACUCGCAGUAGUAGAAGAUAAACGUAGGCUUUUUGGAAACAGACGUUAUAUCCACUAGUUAAACAAUUUACUCCAGUCUCAUCCUGUAAGAAUUGUUCGAUGGCCAGGACCUCUGUCAGGUAAAACAAAAAAAACUGGCCUGGAAGCAAUGUGAAUCAGAGUGCCGGGAAUAACACUUAACGGUUAGUAUCUUCCCCAGUCACUCAUAAAGUGACACUAAACCACAAAACAAGUAAACAUCAGCUCAGUGCUUCAUCCCCCUUCUUUGUUUUAGUAGGAGUUCUGUGUGAAGAAAUCAAAGAUAUUUUGUUUUCUUUUAUUGUUAUUGAUAACGGUAGAAAACACUCUUUCCGCUGGACUAAUGACCCAGCAGGAGAGUGAUAACUGGAUAUCCUAUUAAUCGUUAAGAAAUAAUAUUGAAUGAAAAAAUAAAUGGAUAAAUGCUUAUCAAACUCAUUCUAUAACAAAUGUGAUGGCCAAGAACAGAAAAAAGAAAAAACACAACCAAAGCCAAAUGGCUAAUCCUCCUAUUGCUUCGCUUAGUAGUUCCCCUUUUCACCAGACUCUAGACCAGGGGUAGGCAACCUUUUAGCAGCACUGUGCCGAUAUAGGAUUGUGAUGUCCUGUAGCGUGCCUGUCCUAUUUUUUUAAAUUGAGGUGUGUAUGCUGCCGUAUUAUGCUUGUGUUAUUUUUACUGUAAUUGCUUUGUAUCGUUGUAUUUGUGCGUAUUUGAGCUAUUAUAUUGUAUAUAAGUAGUUUAGGGUAUUGUGUAGGAUACAUAUGAAUGGGGGCUGCUUGUAGAAUUGUGUGUGGAUGGAUAUGUCACAUUGUGUGUUUGGUAGUGUGUGGGGGCUGUUUGGGGUAUUGCAUGUGAGAGGCUGCAUAUGGGGUUGUGUGCAUGUAUGUGGAUUGUUAGCGGGUUACGUUUGUGCGGAUUGUAUGUAUGUUUGUGUGUGGGCUGUUCAUAUUAUUUGUAUGAGGGGAGGGUUAUUCUGCAUUUCUGUGUAUAUCUUGCAGUGUGUGUGGCUUCCCUGGGUUCCAGUGGGGACCAGGCUGGCCAGGUACAGGUCAAGGACAGGAGCUACAACAGCAGCUGCGGGCUGCUCUACUACAGUGUGGAUUCCCAUUCACAAGUGCUGGGAGGAAGUGAUCUGCGAUCACUUCCUCUAUGUACUGCAAUGCUUAAAUUGAGGAUUGUCCUUCACCACCUCUUCGUAUUAGCAGAUAUCUGAAGUUUUACUGGGACUCCUGAUAGGCCAGAGCCUGUUUGGCUCUAGCAGCCUUGAGUGCCGUGCAAAUACACCUUGAGUGCCGUGCACGGCACUAGUGCUGUAGGUUGCCUACCCCUGCUCUAGACUUUAAUAACAUAAAUAUGGUCAAUGUCUGAAGUGGAAAAAUAUUCUGUGUGUAAGCAGAGAAAAGAAUGUCCAGACAGUACUAAUAAAUAAGCCCCUAUCCCCAGAAUGUAGCUCCUAGCAUAAGCAGUGUAAUACAGAGAGAGCUAUCUCUUUCAUCUAAGUCAAGGGUAGUAAAUUGUAAUAGUAAAUGUAGAGGAGAUUAUGUGUGGACAAUAAUAUCAAAAAGCCCCAUUAUGAAUGAGGCCAAAACCUAUCAAAUGCAACUUUCUAAACAAGCAUCAGACUUGGUGAGAUUUUUUUAGAGAGAAGCAUGAUCAUCUUGGGCUCCUACCUCAUUAGUUUUUUUAAUUUGUGCAUGUCUCUGGGUACCACACCUGUCUUUAUCUGACUCAUUCAUACUAUGUUUUCCCCACCUCUUCCAUUCUCUAACUUUCACUUACUUCCUUCUAUUCUUGCAGCUACAUGUCUCCACUACCUCACUGUCAUCAGAUUGUAACAAAUUUAUCUUCUGUUUUAAUCUCUAGCUACUCACUACAUGCCUCCUUCAACUCCUUCCUAAUUCAUUAUUUAUUAGCAUUGUUGUUUAAUUUGUUUCUUAAUUUUAUAGAUUCUGUCUUCAUUCUAAUAACCCAUCUCCCUUAGCUGCUUUUAAUUCUUUAAUCUUGCUUUAUUUACUCUGUUCAGCUUUGUUUUUGCUGUGCCCAAUUGUCUUUUGCUUUCCUAUCGUAAAAUCUUCUAUACUUCCUCUCUUUCCAGACAGCUAAAUCCCCCACCCUGCCCAUAAUCUAUGUAACAUCUCUUUAUUUUCAGUGCUACCCUCCUUUGCAAGUGUCGAUAUCCUACCACAUAAUUCUUCUCCUUCUGAUUCCUGUGUGCCAAUUUUAGACUAUGGCUAUAUCUUGUCUUUUUUUCCUUAGACGAUUUUGCAACUUCUGUAUUUUUUGAGUGCACUCGCCCCUUCCCCUGUUCAUGUGUUUCUUUCUAGCAUUGUUUUUCAUUCCCAUUAGCCAUGUUUCUGUCUUCAUCUUGUCCCUACUAAUUAGCAGAUUUUUAACUUUGUAUACCAUCAGCUUCUUUCUGUCACGGCUCCCCCUUCUUCUGCUGGCGUGGCCGCACAUAAACCAAGCGGCCACGACGACAGAUAUAUUGUAUACUUACCUUGGUCGCCGCAAACCGCUGCCCGACCUCCUUCCGUUCCGGUCCCCAGUGAGUACAACGUUAAGCGUUAUCCUUAGUCCUAAGUGUGAUAGUGUUCUGCGUGCUGGAUCAAUUAUAAUCCAGACACUUUCACUCCCAAACUCAGGUGUCUCUACAGCAGACAUCUUCGACUAUUCUCAGACCCAAGUGUCUGCCUUCUCUUUUGUCUGUAUUCUAUAAAGGAACACUCCGUGCACCAUAACAACUUCAUUUCAAUUACUUACCUCAAAGAUGACUACUUUACUCUUUUUUUGUGAAUGAGGAGCUAUUGAAAUUGUCAGCUGAUGGUCUCAGGUUAUCAGUGUCAGGAUUACUAGUUGAUCCAGCACGCAGAACUGUAUCACACCUAGGACUAAAGGUAACGUCUUACCGGGCCUUAGAACGGACGGACUUUAACGUACCAGAGAUAGUCAAUAACCAGAAACACACUCUUGGACAACCACUAAGGGAAACCAUGACAUGGCAAUGAGUAAAAGGAAAAAAGGAGUUUAAAUAAGCCUCUUUCAGAUCCGAUUGUCCGUACCCGGCCUUUAACCCCCAGAACAUGAGUGCGCGUCCUUUACGUGAUGUCACAGGGUGAGGUUGAACAUGUUGCAAUCAGUGAUUUCCAGUCAGAGGAUUCCUGAUUCAAGCCUCAGACUGCAACCGAAGUAGCAGUGCAGAUCUGACAUGAGAUAGAUUCAAGACUUGGGGUUAAAUCGUUAACAGUUUAACCCCUUGACGUAAGUCUGUGCUCAGGGACCUCUUCACACCAUAACGCCUUAAUUUCGAUUAAAGUGUUAUGGAAAGUCCCUUUAAUUUACAAGCUCUUGUGUGUCUACUGCCAACAUCUUUCCUUAUGUCCAGGUUCUUGUUUGUCUAUCCUAAUGCUUUGUCUGUGCCCUUGCUCGUGGUUUAUGUGUGUGCACUUUCUAUACAAUGAGUCAACUGUCUCAUCCAUCUCUUGUCUUUUAAUUGUCUGUCUAAUUGUUUUUAACAAAGUUAUUAUGACAAAGUUAGUUUUUAAGCCAUUUUACAGACAUUGUUCCUCUUUAUUACAGAUGCGUCACACGCAGAAAGUCUCUGUCUGGCCAGUUGGGUUGGUCGGGGGCCUGCGGUACGAGGGGCCACUGGUAGAUAAAGGCAGAGUUGUUGGAUUUCACACCGCUUGGAAGACACACAGACCAUUUCCCAUAGACAUGGCGGGAUUUGCAGUGUCUUUGACACUGCUCUUAAUGCAUCCAGAGGCUCGGUUUGACCCCAAUGCAGAGAGGGGAUUUCUGGAAAGCAGUCUUUUGGGACAGCUAGUAUCAGUGGAAGAUCUGGAACCUCGAGCAGAUAAUUGCACUAAGGUGUGUUUUGAUAUGAUUCAUUAAUCAUUUACUUUGUAUUACUAUGGAAACAGAAUGUGAAUUUGAGUAGACCAUGUAAAUUGCACACUCACAUUCAAGCAACUAAAUUGUUUAUUUGGUGAGCAUUUAAUCAUUUAUUGGCAUAUACUUGGACAGUCUUGGGCAGAAACCCUUUCCACAUAUGCCCAUCAUGUAAGAAAAUAAGUAUUAAUUAUACAAAUGGUCUCAGUGCUGAUUUAUCAUGAAAACAAAACAAGCAUGGUGGUUCUAGGGUAAAAUGAAGAGUUAGCAAUUUACUGUAAUGUUUUAUAGAAUCACCUCCCACCUCUAAACAGGUUGUGUUAUCCUCAUCUGCCAUUCAUUUUUUUAUUUUCUAGGAUAUGUUUAUGCUUUUCCGAAACCAACACCAUAUAUAUAAUAAAAUCUUUACUCUUGCUUGUCUUGUCGUGUAACUCUUGUAUUGUUCUCUCCUCCACAGAUUUGGGUCUGGCACACAAGAACCGAAAAACCAAAGCUCAAACAGGAAGAAGCGCUGGAGAAACUAGGAAGAGGAUCAGACCCCAAUGUACUUGUGUGAUCUUAAUUCAGAAUCUAAUGUGCAGAUAUCAUCUUCAUAUAAAAGCCAGACCCCAAUGUGCCGGCAUGAUCGUAGUGCAGACCCUACUGUACAGAUAUUACCUUAACACUGAGGUCAAACCCUACUGUACAGAUAUUACCUUAACACUGAGGUCAAACCCUACUGUACAGAUAUUACCUUAACACUGAGGUCAAACCCUACUGUACAGAUAUUACCUUAACACUGAGGUCAAACCCUACUGUACAGAUAUUACCUUAACACUGAGGUCAGGUCAGGUGCUAAUGUACAUUGAUGAUCUUCAAUCACAUCACCUCUGAUUUCAGUUAAAAAUAGUUCAUGGACAAUUGUGCACCUAGUCAAAUGGGUCAGUCACCAGUGUACAUUGUAUGUUUUAUUGCAGAGCUCUCACCCAAGACAGCUCCAAAGCAGAGUUACCCCAUUUCAACUUCUGUAGCAAAUGGGUUUCUCAACCUCACAUUGGAAAAAACUAGGAUUUCUGAAUUGUGCCAUUGUUUGUAGCUAGUCCUUGCACAAGAAAAACCGACUUGGGGUUAGUCUUAGGGCAUUAUUUCCACAGUAGUUCGUGCAAGUGCUCCCUUUUAUCCCUUCCUAUCUGUGCUACACAUAGAAUUAUGCAGUAUUAAGUGUCUCUCUAGUACUCAGAGUCAUUGCAGUAUUGAUAAAGUAAUUCAAUGUGACUGUAAGGACCAAAUAACUAGCGGUGACCUGAAGGAGAGUUUAGACUUGGGUGAUCUUUUCACAGAUAUUGGUUCGAAAUGUACUGACUAUGAAUAGGUACAAUCCCACUUGUGAAAUAGUGAUGACAGCACCCAAUCAACCACACUGCAGAAGUCAGUCUAUGAAUUACAGGUCACGUCUGAGAAGUAAUAAAGCCAUAAUACAUUGGUCAGACUUGCACGUAUUAAAAAUCCUUAAUUAAAAUGUUAUGGUCUUGGUAGAGGCCAGCAAAAUACAACAGAAUAGCAUGACCUUAACAUAGAGGUCAGAUGUACAUAUGUCAUUUUAUUAUGGAAGUCAAUUAAAUAUGAGGACAAUAGGGUGGGUUUCUUCACAUAGAAAGUUCCUUGUUACGCACUCCAUUUAUUUUCUGUGCUGUCAAGGCAUGAUAUUAUGGAGAAGAGAAACUUUAGUACAUGGGGAUUAAGUUACUACAUUGAUACUACAUUAUUAUUUCGGGGAUUGGAAGGGUUUAUUUUAUGAAAUUGUGUUCAUGGUAUUCCAUUAUUUAAUUCAGGGUUAUUUAUAUGGAGCCUGAGGUGUAUCAAAUGAAUAAACAAACUGUGACAACUGUAUUCAUUAUUAAAUAUGUUUACAUUGAAGACACACCAAUUUAAAGCGGGGUUAUUGUAAAACUGGUUUCAUUGUCUGUGCAUUGCACAGUCUGUACAGCCAUGUCUGUGUAUGUCAUUGUACUUCUUCCUUUGUGUGUGUUUCAUCUUAAUACAUCCCGGGUAUCUUUCCUAUCCCAUCCUCCCCACUGUACAACACACACUUGAAACAGUAUCUCUUUUUUUAUUCAUGUCUCUGCUUAAUCUACAUUAUGGAAGCUACAUUUGGGUGUACCACCACCUUCUAUAGACAGUCCUCCCUCUCAUACGUGUUUAGGGCAGACACAUAGGGAUAACGCACAGCAGUUUCUUGGUUAUAGAGGGCAGGUACUUAAUAUACAAGCAGCCUUGGAAUAUCUCUAAAGUCUCUAUACCCCCCUUAACUUAAACCUUUAUUCCGACCUCUAUCUGCCACCAGCUUCCCCUCCCCCCUCUGUCUCCACCUGACUGGAUUUGAAAAGGGCUUUUGUUUUCUCUAUUGUGCUAUUAAGGGUCUCUCCCACUCCCUUCUCCAGAAGGAAUCCUUCUGAAUCUGUUUCCAUGUCCUCCACACCAGUGAUCUUAUCCAUAGAGGUCUGAAGGUAUCGCAGACUGACCAGAACCGAGACCUGCAAGGGAGCAGAAGAUGCAAUCAUUCAGUGAAAUUCUGAGUUUUGUAUUG